UUCAGUGCAACAACGGGUAGGGUGCCUCAAACUUUCUAGGGUUUAAGCAGCCUCUUACGCCUUCAGGUAUAUAUGCAUAUAUAAAGCUCAGAACACAAACCCGCGGCUGGGCGCGUAUCGAUCUACUGUACCAGGAGAGGAAGCAAACGGUUGCUCUCGGCCAUUAAAAUGCCUAAACAAAUCCAUGAAAUUAAGGAUUUCCUUGUCACGGCAAGAAGGAAAGAUGCACGCUCUGUGAAAAUCAAGAAGACCAAAGAUGCGGUGAAGUUCAAGGUUCGUUGCUCCAAGUACCUUUACACACUUUGUGUGUUUGACUCAGAGAAAGCUGAUAAGUUGAAGCAGUCUCUUCCUCCAGGUCUGAAUGUGCAAGACCUGUGAAAUGUAAUCGUCAGCGGAGCUUGUCAGAUGGUUAGUCAGACUUGAGAGUUGGAGACCUGCCUUGUGUGGUUGUGUUUUUUUUUUU